GCCCUCAGGCGGAGGGUGAUGCGAGGGGGGUGUCAGACUUCCGCUGUACUUAGUCCUCCUGCUCCAGCCGCCAGGGCGGGGAGGCGGCCGCUCCGCCACCUCACGUGACAUCCACGCGCCCGCGCCGUCGCCUUGGAGACUGGAAGCUGCCGGGCUUCCGCCACAAGCUUCGGGCCCACGCGCGCCCGCUAGUAACCGCCUCCGCCGCGCCGCCAGGGGAUGCGGCCCCCGGCGCCAUGCUCUGGAGUAAAGGCAUCAGCGGGCUCGGCGCUGCCGCCGCCGCCGCGGGGACCGGCCGCCUGCGCCAUUGCGGCCCGCGCGGGGAGCGGGACUUAAGCAUCUCUGUGGCAUCAUCUUUACAAACUCACAGUGUCAAGGGGAAAUUUUCCUUAUCAGGGAGUAGAAAGCUAUUCUUUGACACCCAUGCUCUAGUGUGCCUGUUGGAAGAAAAUGGGUUCACUACUCAGCAAUCAGAGAUCAUUGUAUCUGCGUUAGUGAAAAUUAUGAAUACCAACAUGGAUGUGAUUUACAAGGACAUGGUCACCAAAGUACAGCAGGAAAUCACUCUUCAGCAAAUAAUGUCUCAUAUUAGUGGUGUGAAAAAGGAUAUGAUUAUCUUAGAAAAGAGUGAAUUUUCAGCACUCCGAGCUGAAAAUGAGAAAAUAAAACUUGAACUCCAGCUGCUAAAGAAGCAAGUAAUGGAUGAAGUUAUCAAAGUUCGUGCAGAUAACAAAUUAGGCUUCAAUCUGGAGAAGAGCAGAGUAAAAGAACUGUAUUCAGUUAAUGAAAAAAAACUGCUGGAAAUAAGGACAGAAAUCGUGGCAUUGCAUGCACAACAAGACCGAGCUCUAACUCGAACAGAUAGGAAAAUAGACACAGAAGUUGCAGGACUGAAAACAAUGUUGGAAUCGCACAAACUUGAUAAUAUUAAAUACUUAGCAGGUUCAGUAUUUACAUGUCUUACUGUAGCACUGGGAUUUUAUCGUCUGUGGAUAUAAUAAAGCAUCUUUUUAAAAGGACUUGUGCCUCUCUUGCCUUAUGAAAAUCAAGAAUGUUUUCUCCUAGCUUCAAGAAUUCAGUCUUCACUUUAAAGCGAGUCGAUACUAUUUUAUUUAUAUUUAUUUGUUAAAAUAAUCUGUAUUGAAAAUGUAACCAAAUGUGCCUGGGAAUAAAUAUAGAGACAAGAUUACCUCUGGCACAAACCAGGCAUAGUCUACACAGCUCUGCCAAUUCCCCUCAAUCCUGACCUGCAACAUCCUUUUCCUAUUGUAGUUUUAGAGCCUCAGUUAAGCCGACUGCAAGUUACACCAAAUGGUGUAGUGACUGUGUGAUGUGUCAAAGAAUGCACUAGGAAUUAUGCCAGACUCUGCUGAGAUAUGCGUGUGCAAUAGCAGUUGUAUGUAUCAGAACAGAAUUUGGUCAUACAUUUAAAAUCGCCAAAUGGAUUUAAUUAGUGACCUUAUGGCAAUUUUGGACCUAGGCCUUUGGAGUGAAAUGUUACUGAAUUAACGCACAGUCCACACACUUCCUCUUUGUUAAUAAAAUGUAUUCAUAUAUUGUAAAGAAAUAUUUUUUCUAUCGGUUACGCUAAUUUUUAAAGCGUUUGCAUCAUGGUUUGUUUUCCAAAUUGCCAUCCAAACAAACAAUUACGUUUCAUGAAGCAGUGUCUCUAAGACCUUUUUGGUUUUUUACAUAGCAUUUUAAGAACUCAUAUUUAGGACACACAACGUUCUGAAACUCAUUGCACAUGCUAAUUGUAAAUUUUGUACUAAAGCUGAAAUAGACAUUUGAAGAGCAGUAAAAUCUAAUAGCUGAUAUUAAUCUCUUCUACAAGCCUAUGUAGAGAUACAAACUGCUCUCUGUCACUGCUUGUUUGAUAGAAGAGAAUUGCUUCUUUUAUUCUUGAGGUGAGAAUUAAAGCUGAUUAGUUCUCUUCUAGUGAGGAAAGAGCAAUUGGCUCUCACUUACUAGAGUGACAGCCUUAGGGCUGUGCUCACUAAGGGAAUAAUGUUUUCACCCAUCUACACAAGCCAUUUUCCCAAAAGUUUCCCACUGGUUCUACAAAUGGUACAGCUCCUCUACUGGUAGCAAUGGUAGGAGCACUAAUGUAGACUAUCCACUGUUUAAUCCUGCACAGAGCAAGGCCAUAUGAAAUGGUAGUUACAAUAUCAAUGCCUUCUCUACAUUAAUGCUUCCACUAGUGGUAGCAAUGAGGAGAAAUGGGGCUAAUGUGUCCAGGGUCAACCACCAAAUAGAGCUGCCAGGUUCGAUCACUCUCAUUAACCUAGGGUCCUGUCUCUCUGCUUAGCUUCUCUUUUUGUUUUUUCCCUCUCUGUGGGCUGAUGGUAAAAGCUGGCAGGGUACCAUACCAGUUUUGCUCCCUGCUUUGUUUAUUGAAGUCCUGGCAGGCUGGCUAACUUGUGUAUAUGUACCCAAGUAGCCAUUGAACAUCCUUGGCUGUUGGGGCUACCAUUUGUUAUAUGAAGGCAGAGAGGAGGCCAGAUGGAGAUAAAAGUAUCUUACAAAAGCUAGAACUACGCUGGACUUAACAGCUAAUGGAUAAUCAUUAAAAAUGUAACUAAUAAUAAUAAUCUGAGUUUAAUCACUCUUAAUAAAAAUAAUUAUUUGGUCUUU